AUGCUGUCUCUUAAUUGGCCUGCCUCAUCUCCUAAUCUCAAUCCAAUUGAGAAUAUCUGGAGUAUUCUCAAAAUGCGCCUGCAUGAUAGAAGACCGAGACCUAGAGGAAGAGCAGAGAUUAGAGAGGCAAUACUUGACGAAUGGGAUCUUAUUACUGAGGAGGACAUCAUCAGAUGUAUCAACAAUAUGCCAGAGCGGAUAGAGGCAGUCAUUGCUGCCAAUAGGGGUCAUACCAGGUGGUAA